AUGGAAAUUGUUCAGGAAAAUCAAAUUAACAUUUCCCCGGAUGAAAAUGAAGCAGUUGCAGGAGUAGAAGGACGAGUAGUUCCAACCGGAGGAGCUGCAGGAGCAGAAGGACGAAUUGUUGCAAACGCAACAGGACAUGGGGUGGAAAGAAAAACAGGUUUGUAUUUUCCAAAUAUGUUAAUAAAUAGUCAUAAGGGAGAAGUAUACUCUGUUAAUUUUUCAUCGGAUGGUAAAUUCAUUGCAUCUGCCAGCUUCGAUAUGACUUUAAUGAUACACAGUGUUUAUAACGAAUGUGAAACAGUUAGUAUUUUGAGAGGGCAUAAAAAUGCAGUGUUAGAAGCUAAGUGGAGUAAAGACGAUAGUCAUAUUUGUAGUGCAUCAGCAGAUUUUAAUGUUUUUUUAUGGGAUGUGGAGAAUGAAAAAAAAAUUCGAAAUUUUAAAGGACAUACAAGCAUUGUUAACGGUUUAGAUAUAAUCAAUUAUAAUUUGAUAAGCACUUGUAGUGAUGAUUGUACCGUAAAACUGUGGGAUUUUAGAUGUAAAAAAUCGAUUCAUACAAUUACGUAUGAUUUUCCACUACUUGCUAUAUGUUCAGAUAAAAAAGGGGAAUUUUUUUAUGUGUCAUCAGUCGAUGAUAAAGUAAAUAGAUACCAUGUCAAAACUUAUCAAUUAAAAGAUACUUUUACUGGUCAUAAGCAUUAUAUAAGUGGCCUAGCUGUUAAUAAUGAUGAAACUAUAUUAGCAUCCCUAAGCGCAGAUGAAACCAUUUGUUUUUGGGAUAUUCAACCAUUUCCUUGUGAUGAAAAAUUAUUAUUUCAUCUUCCAGCACCACCAUUUAACAUAGACUAUAAUUUGAUUAAACUGUCUUUCAAUCAUGAUAAUUUAUUAGGUUGUGGAAGUGGCGAUAAUUAUUUAUACAUUUAUGAUUACAAACAAAAAAUGUUGAAAUAUACCAUGCCCGGUCAUACCAGUACAAUAAACGAUGUUGCAUUUCAUCCCUCUGAGGAUAUAGUAGCUUCUUGCUCUUCAGACAGUACCAUUUUUCUUGGUGAAUUGUGA